AUGCUCCGUUGGAUAUACACAGGUGCCGCGCAGGACUGGAGGAAGACCGAACCGCCCGUCGUGAGCCGGAGCAACUCCCCCUACACCUUCGCCACGGCACUGGCGGAGCAGUCAAGCCGGGCGUUUCUCCAGUUCACGCAUUCGCCAACGGUGGUGGGACUUCUCCGCGAGCAGCCCUGCCUUGGCAGUGAGAUGGAGGCGUGCAUCCUUCAACUUGGACAGCUGGAGGAUCUGCUGUCUCUGUUGCAGCGCAUCAGUCUUCCGCAGGACGCGGCGGGAACGGCAGCGCAGGCCCCACGCUUGGUCCGUGAGACGUUUGUGGCAGUCUGUAAUGAAGAGCCGGCCUCUAAUGGAGAGGUGAACCUGUAUAAUUCUGUGGCUGACGAGAUCAUUGGAUGGCUGCAACUGCUGGCUUGGGCGCGCUGCUUUGCCGUCUUCCUGAUGCAGCGGCUGGUUGCCAUCCACGAUCAGGUCUCAUGGUACCUGUGGUAUUGGUCAUGGGCGGAGGUUCACCCCGCACAGGCCUCCUUCCACCUGGCACUCGGUAGCAGGUCGUGGUGGCAUGGAUUCAUGCGCAGGGGGUACGUUGGGCAGAUGCUCCAGGUGCAGUCCGGCGCCAUCGCGCACAAGUCCGCUCUCAACAGGGUCCUGCGUGGCGUGGUGCGGGGCCUGGGCGCAGUGUACAGUCUGGUGGACCGUAUGAACGUCCUUGUCUCCUCCAUGGAGGAGACAACUUCCAGCACACACGUGCAUUCCAUCUCAGAGUUGGAGGUGGUCGGGUGUGCAGAGUGCCAGGCGGCGGAGCAACGGCUGCUCGUCAAUGUGCGCGGGGCUGUGGCCUCAACCGUGACGCUCUUGGCGAAAACGGUGCAGUUGCGGGAUGUGGGCCAGGCUGAGGCGAGCACAUCGGGGGGUGCAUCUAGCGACAUGCUGAUGUUCUCCACUUACGCCAACGAGUCGAUGCUGUUUGAACUACAGCCGAAGUUUUCUACUGAUGUGAUGCAGAAGCAGGCUUCAGCGACUGCCUCACUCAAGGAGAGCUUGUAUCUGUUGCGUGACACAGUGGAGUACACGAGGAAUUGUAUCAAGGCUCUUAGUGAAGAUGUUCACACGAAGCAUGUGCCGCCUAAAGGUAGGUACUGGCGAAGCAUCUUUAUCACAUGCUGCACUGUCUUGCCGUCUGUGCUGUGGCUGUCAUCCAGGAGCAUGAGCAACCUUUUUCGGAUGGUGGCAUCGGCCCGUCUGGUUCUGCACGGGCUUGCGGCAAAUUACGUUGUGUCUCCACUCAAGGAAAUUGCACGGAGUAUCUUUGGUGGUCGCCCGGGCGUGAUAGAGCGGCGUCGCACGCUGGAGAUGGAGAUGGAGUCGGUUGCUAACAUUGUCCGCGACUACCACGAGGAUUACUACGCAAACAUCAGCCAGGUAGAACUUCAGCGCUUGCGUGACCGCACCUUUGAACACCUUCGCUCCGGUGUCGUGGCGGAUGACGAAGGAUACAGGCUCAUCAACGGACACUACGAAACGGCCAUUCGGCGCCCAAUUACGAGUGCUUUAUUUGGCAAUCUCCUGCGCCUGAUGCUUAUCCAGCUCUCAUACCAACAGCUGGAGGUUAUGCGCGUGGUGAACUCCACCGAUGAGGUCUUGGAAGGCAAUGAUCUGAACUUCAAGGCGAUGGCGAUGGUGCCAGUGAUUGUUUUUCUUGGUGGGGUGCUGUUCGUGUCGUUCCAGAAGCGGCGUGCCAAGCUGCGGCCUGUCAACCGUCAGCUUAAACGGCACUGGAGGUCGGUGCACCGCGUAGUGACACUCGCCGAAGAUUCCCGUGAUGGGUUGCUCGGGCUGCAGGGCAACCAAGAGAAGUCUUUGGCCAUCACAAAAAAUGACGAGGUUCUGUGCUUGGCGGAGGUGGGGAGCGCGACCAACCUGAACAACUACGAUCAGGGCAUAGUGCUCUUGAUGACACAUCAUAUGCGCAGACUGGCGAUGGAGUACCACACCAAUUACCGCCACUUGGAGGAGUUCCUGGAGGAUCUGGAUGACCUUGAGAGUGUGCAGUCGACGCGGCAGCAGCGCUUGUUGACGCUCAAUCGGAUGCGGCAGGUCCACCGCUUUUUAUGGUGA